UCUGCACAAAUGCUUCCCGUAGUGCACUGCAGCCCUGCCACACGGCUGGUGGUGCUGCUGCACCCUUUUCUCAGUCAUGGGGCAUCACGAUGGGGCACGGGGUGCCCCUCCCCUCUGAGCAGAUGCCAAGGGCCAGUGGCCAUGGGUGAGGCGAGUGAGAGGCCUUGGUAGGUGUGGAUGGCUCCUGUUUGCUGAAGGUGGCAUGGCAGGGGAGCUCAGAUUGGCACUGCGGCCGGGGGGGGUUGCAACACAGAGGCUGCAAGGGGGACUUUGACUGGUCAUGAGGGCCAUGGUGCUGUCGCAACCAUGGGCAGUGCAUGCACUCAGCGCCGGUGCACACGGCAGCAGGUGGGCCCCACAGCAGGGCUGUGGUACUGACACUCACCUGCCUGGGAUUGCUGGUGAAUAGCAAGGAAGAUGGCUUCAGAACCCCAUUCCUCCAAAGUGAAGAUGAGGGAAGGAUGCUGAGGGGGGGAGUUCUCUGAGGGGAGGGGCAAAGUUGGGAAUUGAAAGGAGAGGUUUCAAGUCAGUGCAGGGGGGAGAGAGCUGUUCAGGAGCAGUUCCCUUGGAGCAGGUCAGGGGAGGAGGUUAGCUCUCAGCACAAUGUGAGGACUGUGCCCAGGAAGGCAAUUCCAGAAUGAGUCUGUGUUGUGUAAACUCUGUUAAACAGUCUGUUUUCUGCACUGUACACUGUACCUUCCUCGGGUCUUGUUGUCUCCAUAGCUCUUACUGAUCACUAGGCACCUUGGUAGCCCUCCCUUGAGUCUCAAGUGCAUUGCUACCUUGAGCUACAUUGCUACUGUUGAGCCUUUCUUGUCUUGCAAUUCCAGCUUAAGGUGUGGAUCUGUCUGGUGUUUAUCAUGUUGUAGAUGUUUCUGAGCAGUCAUCUCUCACAUCUCUCAUCAUCUCUCACAGUGAUGGCAAGAGAGUGAUUCAUUUCCACUUCUGCGAGUUCUCUUUUGACAGAGCUGUCUCCAGGGAUUGCAUCCUCAUGUCCAUAACAGUCUUUUGUCUUUGGCUUCUUGCUCAUCCAUCAUUCUUCUUUUGAUGGCUCUUAUCCACAUCUCUACUGAUGGCUGCAGCACUCACCACUUUCAGGGCCACUGUAGAGCACCUACACUGUCAUGGCACUGUUGGAUGGACCUCUCUGCUGAAUCAUAUUUUGGGGACAAAAGUUCUUGUGUAGAAAAUGCUAAUACAUUGAAUCUCACGAGUUCUUCUUCUAUGCGAGGCCUGAAUAGCACAUGUAUAGGAAAAACACCUCUCUCUUCUGGUAGAUCUGGUUGCAGAAGCCAUACUCCUCUUAUGGGAUAUUCAGUUACAUCCUCAUCUGCAGUUUCUGCUCAUACUGUUGCAUUGGUUAUUGUAGCUGUAGUAGAAGGAAGAGGCCUUGCCAGAGGUGAAGUAGGAAUGGCCAGUAUAGAUUUAAAAAAUCCUGAGAUUAUACUAUCACAGUUUGCAGACAAUACAACUUAUGCCAAGGUUAUUACUAAACUCAAGAUUUUAACACCACUAGAAAUAAUAAUGUCAAACACUGCAUGUGAUGCAGGGAAUACAACCAAAUUGUUCAGUCUCAUAACGGAGCAUUUCAAGAAUGUGACUUUUACAACUGUCCAGAGAAAAUACUUCAAUGAAACAAAGGGUUUGGAGUACAUAGAACAAUUGUGUGCAUCUGAAUUUAGCACCAUUUUCAUGGAAGUCCAAUCAAAGUAUUACUGUCUUGCAGCUGCUGCAGCUUUGCUAAAAUAUGUUGAAUUUAUUCAAAACGCCGUUUAUGCUCCUAAAUCACUCAAGGUGCGUUUCCAGGGGAGUGAGAAAACAGCUAUGAUAGAUUCAUCAUCAGCACAAAAUCUUGAACUAGUGAUUAAUAACAGAGAUUCUCGGAAUGGUCACACACUUCUUGGUGUUCUAAAUUAUACUAAAACUCCCGGUGGAAGUCGAAGACUUAGAUCCAAUAUCCUGGAACCUCUAGUUGAUGCUGAAACAAUUAACACAAGACUGGACUGUGUUCAGGAAUUACUCCAGGAUGAGGAGCUCUUUUUUGGUCUUCAAGCAGUUAUCUCAAAGUUCCUGGAUACAGAACAACUACUUUCAGUUUUGGUACAGAUUCCAAAGCAGGAUACAGUUAAAACUGCUGAAUCAAAAAUAACUAAUUUAAUCUACCUGAAGCAUACUUUAGAACUCGUGGAGCCGCUGAAAGCUGCUAUAAGAAGCUGUAACGCACAGCUACUAAAGGCUUAUUACAAUUCUCUUGAAGAUACAAGAUUUGGAAUUAUACUUGAAAAGAUUACAACUGUAAUUAAUGAUGAUACAAGAUACACAAAAGGAUGUCUAAGUAUGAGGACCCAGAAGUGCUACGCUGUUAAGCCUAACAUCAAUGAAUUCCUUGACAUAGCUCGCAGAACAUACACAGAAAUUGUUGAUGACAUAGCAGGUAUGAUAGCACAACUUGCAGAAAAGUACAGCCUACCAAUGAAAACGAGUUUCAGCUCCGCUCGUGGAUUUUUUAUCCAGAUGAAUGCUGAUUGUUCAACAUUACCUAAUGGCCAGCUUCCUUCAGAAUUUACAAAGAUCACGAAAAUGAAAAACACAUAUAGCUUCACUUCAGCAGAUUUAAUAAAAAUGAAUGAAAGAUGUCAGGAGUCCCUGAGAGAAAUAUAUCACAUGACCUACUUAAUAGUGUGUAAACUACUGAAUGAGAUUUAUGAACACAUUCAUUGCCUAUACAAGCUGUCCGACAUUGUGUCUAUGCUGGAUAUGCUGCUUUCAUUUGCCCACGCCUGCACUCUUUCUGAUUAUGUUCGUCCGGAAUUUACCGAUACUUUAGCAAUCAAGCAGGGCUGGCAUCCCAUUCUUGAAAAGAUAGCUAUGGAAAAACCUGUGUCUAACAACACAUACCUGACAGAGGGAAACAAUUUUGUCAUUAUUACGGGACCAAAUAUGAGUGGAAAAUCAACAUACCUGAAACAGAUUGCUCUCUGUCAAAUUAUGGCUCAGAUUGGUUCUUAUGUCCCAGCAGAGUAUUGUUCAUUUCGAAUCGCAGAGCAGAUUUUUACCAGAAUAGGUAUGGAUGAUGAUAUUGAAACAAAUGCAUCAACAUUCAUGAAGGAAAUGAAAGAGAUAACGUACAUCCUACAAAACGCUAAUGAUAAAUCACUCAUCAUUAUUGAUGAACUUGGCAGAGGUACCAGUGCUGAAGAAGGUAUUGGCAUUUGUUAUGCUGCCUGUGAAUAUCUGUUGAACUUAAAGGCAUUUACACUGUUUGCUACACAUUUCCUGGAACUAUGUCAUAUAGACGCUUUAUAUCCCAACGUCGAAAACUACCAUUUUGAAGUGCAACAUGUGAGAAGUAGUGCUGGAAAUAAGGAGAAAAUUGCUUACACUUACACACUUUCUAAAGGAUACACAGAGGAAAAGAACUACGGACUAAAAGCUGCAGAAGUGUCCUCCCUACCAUCAUCCAUAAUUUUGGAUGCAAAGGAAAUCACAAAUCACAUUGCAAAACAAAUUUUGCACGGGCAGAAAAGCACUCCUGAGUUGAUGAAACAGAGAGCUGCAUACCAGUUAGCAAUGAGACUGGUUCAGACUGCCAGAAAUUCUCGACUGGACCCUGAGAGUUUGCGAGUAUAUUUGAAAGCCCUGAAGAGAAAGUAUGAAGCCAGUUUUUCCACACCCGGAAAAAAUGAUGAGCAUCAGUAAUGUGUAACCUAGGCUGUUGUUCCAGUUUUUAUGACUGCAAGAUUGUUCUGUUUUUUUCCCACAGUAUUAGUAGUGUCUUUUCACAUGGUGUUAUAAUUUUAAUUCUUACCCUAAGCUAAACUUAGUAAUGGAAGACCAUAUCCUUUAUGGGUUCCCCCCCUCCCCCAACAUACCUGGAAUAAAAGCAUUUGCCUUCUGUGAGGUACACAA